AUGGCCGGUAGUGAGAACAAACAGGCAACUCAGCUCCUCCAGGCUCAGCGAGCCCAGAUCCGUGACGAACAAACAUUCGGCUGGCUCCGAAACCGAUUUUCAUCUCAGGCCGGCACAGAGUUCAGCCACCGCGAGAUCAACAAGGUCUUGACCGAGGUGGUAGAGUCAGAUGGGUCGCUAGGGGUUGUCAAGGCUUUACUCUCCCUUGGUGCCGACGUCAACUUUGUCCGCCGCCGAAACUCAACCACAUGGACUAAGAUUGCUCAACGACAUCAGAACAAUGAGCGGAGUGAUAUCCUUCUCCGCGCCACCAUCAAAUGCCGACCGGAAACAGUCCAUGUUCUCGCAGCCCAUGCCGACCAGCAGAAUCUCGACAGUGUCCUCCAUCACGCGAUAGCCAGGGGCAACUUGGCAAUUAUCCGUACAUUGUUGGAUCACGGAGCAAGCCCUGUUUACCUACACGAUGAUUUUCAGGGCGCCGUUUUCCGCGACAACGUGGAUCUCAUCGAGGUUCUCCUCUCGGGACAUCAUCUGCCGUGCCUGGCCUGCCGGUCGACUGGACUUCGACUGGCGGUAGCAAAUGGCUCGGUCGAUGUCAUACGUCUCUUGCUGAACCACUGGGCAGACGUCAACUAUGGCGAUGGUAUCGCACUUAUCCGCGCUGUGGAGGAUUCUCGACCAGAUCUCGUGGCGGCAUUGAUCUCUGGACCGGUGAAGGCCUCGCCACGAACUCUAGACACAGCUGUCAAUAAGGCAACCAACAAUCUCGACACCUUUGGCUAUGAGAUGGUAGGAAUGUGCUUGGCAGCUGGUGCGGCUGGUCCAGCGACGACACACCUGAUCACGGACGGCUUAAUCGAGACCAUAAGACGGCGGGAUGUUCAGCUCCUGGAAACCAUCAUCCGACACAGACGAAUCCCCGAAGAGUACGAAGGUUUUGCGUUGGUGGAAACAAUCCGGACUGGUCAAGUGGACGUUUUGGCCAUGCUUCUUGGGCUGGACCCCUCCUCGCAGAGUCUUACGAUUGCGGUUUCGCAGGCCAUGAAAGUCAACGACAACGAUGAGCGAUACGGGAUUAUUGAACGUCUGAUCGAUGGGGGAGCCCAAGGUCUCUGUGUGGCAGAAGCACUGAUCAGCAUUGUCCAUUGUCUGGUUUCUGACUCUAAGCGUGGCGAUAGCGCUGCGAGGGACAGGGACCUGUGUCUAUUCAAUCUGAUCCUGUAUGACGGAAAGGCCGAUGUUAACCAUCGAAAGGGCGAGGCUUUGCAAGUCGCUGUACGAUCCUCGUGUGAGGACAUCGCAGAACAAAUUGUGGACCGAGAGCCAUCACCGGAGGCACUUGGUGCCGCGCUUGGCUGGGCGAUGGGUACUGAGGACAAGGAUCAGAAACGCCGUCUGGUUGAACUACUGGUUCGCCACCCUAUCGACGAAGUUGCCAGUGGGAAAGCAUUGGUGGAAGUGUUCAAGAACGACUGUGGCAAUACGGAAUUGAUACAACUACUUCUCACACGUGCAUCGGUAAAUUACAACAAUGGAGAGGUCUUUAUUUACGCAAUCCGAAGCUUUCGCCCCGAGACCUUUCACUUGGUUCUAGGUCAAGGUAUCAGUUACAAGGCCUUGUUCACGCUACUCAUGGAGGCACUCCGCGCCCCAAGAACGGAUAGGAGGGCGUUGUUGGGUGAGGUCAUGAGUCGGCUUCAGCUUGAUCAUCUCAAUAUGGCGCUCAAACAUGUGGUUUUGGAACCAAAACCGGAUUUGGCACUCGCUAAAACGCUACUUGACUCUGGGGCAGAGCCAACUCAUGAAAAUGGCGUGUGUAUCAAGAACGCGGCUUGUAAUCUUGAACGUGACCUGUUGCAUCUAUUGGCAGGGUACGCUGGGAAGGUUCCGGAGCUUUUUACACAGGCAUUUGCCGCUAUUCUCAGCAGAGGCAAGCAGUGGAUUGCGUUUGAACAUGUCGACACUAUCAGAAUUAUUUUGAAACAUGGCGCUUCCCCCCAGAUUGCCAGCAGGGCGAUGAUGGACGUGGUGGACCAGCUCGCUUGUAACAAUGAUCAAGCUACUUUGUCAAGGGCCUUUCUGGACAGUCUCUUUGCCGCGGGAGCCGACGUAAACUGCGAAAACGGAAAGGCUGUUGGCACGGCGGCAUCAAGGGGCGACCCUCUCCUCCUCGAUUACUUGUUGAAGCAAAAAGCCGAUGCCAGUUCCGCAACACUGGCUCUUUCUGCCGCCAUCAUGGCUCACCACUCUGAGUCUGUUCUUCUCCAAAUUCUCAACGUCAUGGCUCAACCAGGUUUGCCUACCGACUUCAAUCAUUCCCUUCCCGGCAUGCCGCACCCGCCGAUCAUUCUCAUUCUCAAGUCUUAUGGAGACUCGGUUGCGAUUGUCCAUCGUCUGGUGAGGGCUGGAUGUCGUCUGGAGUCUACUGUUUGGGCCGUUUGUGACACAGAAAAGGAUGCUCAGGCCGAGGUUGAGCCUGUCACUGUGCUGAUGUGGGCACUGUUGCAAAAGGAUGAGAUGAUUAGCAAAGAUGUUAUUGAAGCUCUCAUCUGCCAUGGAUCCGAUCUUUCAUAUACCACCCCGGUCUCGAAAACCACGCCCUUUCUCGUGGCUGUCAAAUCUGGGAGAGUUGAUGUUGUGGAGAUGCUCCUCAGCUAUGGGGCCAAGGUCAGCGUGAAGGAUAACCUUGGUCGGUCGCCGCUCUUCUUCGCGUCUCGCGCAGGGGACAUGGAUAUGAUGAAGACGCUGCUUCAACAUAACCCCUCUGUUAAUGACGGCAGUCUCCAUGAGGCGGCUCGCAACUUUCACCCUGAAGCGAUGAAGUUGCUUCUCGAUGCUGGUCACGACGCCAAUUAUCGUUCCACGAAGCAUGGCGGCCGAACUGCACUGGGCGAGGUUGCUCUCAAGGCAACAAUGCCGCAUGACAUUGCCCUUGCGGAUGAAAGUCUCGACAUUCUCGCCUCUGUCGAUGCCAGCCCUCUACUCAAGGUGCGCGGCAAAACUGUCAUAUUCCUUGCCCUGGAUAAUCAGAACAACGAGGCCAUCACGCGAGUUCUUCUCGAUCGACUGCUUUACAAGACCCUCAAUAGUCACGAGAAUACUUUCCAGGAGGGCAUCUAUCACUAUUCUCCGACGAUGUACAUCAUGAAAGGGAUCCUCCUUGGCCCGCGCUCGCCGGCCUUGGUACAAAUGCUUCAGGACCACGGUGUUGAGGACAGGUUCUAUGCCACCAUCGAAGAGACGCAGCCAGCUGAUGCUGUUGGCCUCCCAGAAGAGAUUCGCGACUAUGAGCGGGAGCGACGAGCCUGGGAGCAGCGCAAUCGUCGUGUGGAGGAAAGUCACGGUAAUGAGCUGAGACGGGUGACGGAAAAGGCGACGGUGCACGCCCAGAUUGAGGAGCAAAAGCACAACCGCAGCGUGCGAUACAAGGAGGAACACUCCCAACAGGGGCGCAAGGAACGCCGCUUGAACCACCAGCAGGCAACUUUCCUUAAGGCAGAUCGACAUCAGAACGACUCGCAGAUCAAGAUCAGUGAGGCGAAUGUUCAAUCGCGGGUCCGAUGGCAGAAACAUAACGAUAAUCUCGCCAUGGCGGACCAGAAACGGAGUGCGUCUUUGGCUCAUCGCCAACGGGCCCAUGUGCAGCAUAUUGAAGAGCGCAGACAGAAGAACACUGUCGCGCUAGAGCACAAGGAGUUGAGACAUGCAAAGAGUUUGACGCAGAUGCAGGAUUUGCAUAGGCAGAGGUGGGAGGAGAAGGAAAACUUUAACUAUCAACAGUUGCAGUUUCAGAGUCAGAGGAAGUUGCAGGAGGCGGAGUUUAGUCAGAGGCAGAGGGAGGCGGACUUGAAUGCGUAUGCGGUGAGGAAUCAUAUUGAUGGGGAGGGGGCCAGGGGGAGGCAUGAGUUGAAGAUGACUGAGUUGAGGACACAGAGGGGGAAUAUUAUUGGGCAGGUUAACUUGGAGGAGUUGAGGAGGUGGAAGCAGGAGGGGGGGAUGGCUGGGCAGGGACAGGGACAGGCACAGAGGUUGUUGGCGUAGUCUCCUGAAAGGAUUAUUGUCGCUGUUUAUGGGAGCGUCUUAUGAUCUUGUGUUUUGCGGGCGCAAAGGGUACAGUCAGAAGGUGGAAUGGGUCUUACGAUUGUAACGUAGCGUUUGCAUUUUAUGAUUAUGAAUUACGAAUAUAUAGUUUAGUACAAUUUUGAGAAAAGAAUUGUUCAUCUUUUUGAAAUACCAAUAUUUAUUACCACCAA